GACCAGAUCAUUCAUCAUUAACAUUAGUGACAUCAGAGCCUAACAGCCGGCUGCCUGCCAGCUAGUGCUAGCUUUGCUCAUUUAUCAUUUCGUGUGACAUGGCAGCACAAGACCGGGGCCACACCCUUCUGCUCAGCAGCUUGGGGAGGUCAAAUUCCACCAAGACGCCAUUGCCCACUAUCCAGGCCCUCAUCAGCCACUACCUCGCAAAUAUUCAUCCUUCUCCGACACCUCUCGCUGCUACUAUUGUUAGCAGUCCUAUCUUCCUUCCGUUUUCGCAUUCAAAUCUAGAACUUCUCAGCACAUCCUUCCGACAUGCAGUACAUUAUAAGCUAAAGGUGCUGAAAGCGGACUCAAGCGGACUGUUUUCUCCAAGCUUAGAUACUCAAUUCAACAUCUGGUCCCUUGCUAUUCUUCAAGGUCUCGAAGGUGGACACGCCAUCAUACGAUUAGCCUGCUGUAGCGGACUCCUUCUUGGCCUUGAGGAUAUCCUUCAGCAUUUGCCAGCAAAGAAGCAAGACGUGAAGGGAAUAGUCGAAGAUGAGCUGGUAAUGACAUUUGCAGAUGUCAUUGACCAAUUCUCAACGUCUGAUACAUGGGGGAAAGAAUUUCAUUCUGCCGCUGAAUCAGCCGACGCUUUGGCAUUGUCACUCAUCAUAGCUUCUCAGUCUCUUCUCUUGGUGCCCUCCGAGAAAUUCACUGCACUCCCCCUUUCUCACCUAUUAGGACUAAUUAUGCGCACCAUUGAGGAUGCGUUUGAUAGUGGAAGAUUCCUAUCGUCCCUCCAGUCUUCGUUAUGUUCCAAGGCAGAAUUCAAAAUUCAUAUUCCUCCAGACAGUUCGAUUUCGGAAAUCAUCAAGAAAAUAUCAAAUUCGACUGCGAUGGCUUACGUUGGUUCCAUAUCGAAGUUGUGCGCUAGAACUGUGUCGCUCUUUGUAGAUCAUAGGCCGAGCGUUGCACUGCCCCUAGUCUCGGAAGCAUAUCAGAAACUCAACUCUAUUACCGCCCACGUUGAAACCGACUGGUUUCCGACCUCACUAUCUGGGGCUACAGACCAGAACUCGCUGUCACCAGACGCCAGGGAAGUUACGACUGCCAUAUGGGCGACUUUGAAAACACUCCUUUUCAGCGUGAUUAUGAUCACAGAAGCAGGUCUUUCUGCUCUGGUCUACAUCCCCUCCACCUCCGCUGUUCUUCCAUCGACUUCGACGCUCGCAGUAACUGUCCUGCAGGCGCUCUCACACCUGUCAUUUGUUAUCGCGCAGUUUGGUGGUGCAGGUCACGGUGCUUUCAAUGAGCUCAAGAAGUUGUUUUACCUUGCACUGGACGUUCUUGGAAGUGAUGUAACAGAGAGCAACAAAUACGUUCGAGACCUCUGCGUCAUCGAAUUAGGUCAGGAGCCACUUCUGGCUCACCCUUUCUAUCAAGCAAAAAAGGCCUUCGCGCUUUCAGCAAUCGAGCAGCUCAUUCAUGUGCUUAGCGAGUUGGCGAUUCAGGAGCUUGUGUUUCCUACGUGCCUUCCGCACCUGGCUGAUGCUAGUCAUCGCGAGACGUUCGAAUCCGCACACAGUGUUGUCCUUGCCAUCUUCGCUUCGCAUGCGCAGAAGGCUAGCGAGUCGACGUCACAAGAGGGAGGCGGGUUCGCGAGGACAAUCGUACCGUUUUAUGCCAACUGUUUAAUAGACAAUUCUGUGCAGGGCAGACUCAGCACUGUGCAACUCCGCUUAGCAUUUGCCGCUCUCGUUCGGAGUGCGGCAUCUGCUGCUGAUCUGUCUCUUGCGUGGUUUUGUAUCGACUGCCUUCUGACUGCUAUUACAUCUAUUCCCAAGUACGAUGACGAGCGUCUGCAUCGGCUUCACCUUACUCUUAUAUCGUGUGUGCCAUCGGUGCCGCUGGCCUUGCUCCCUCGCUUGCUGGAUCCCAUUCUUUUAUUUGUCGAUGCAGCCGAUGAGGAGCAGAAGAGGCAGGAGCUGAUUGAUGCACUCUUUGCGGAGAUAAAGGAGCGCGUCGGCGAUAGGGAGAAGGAAUAUAUGAUUCGGUGGUGGGGAGAGCAACGGACGAAAUGGGCUCAUACCGGGCCGUCGUGAGGACAUCCAGGGGAUGGUGAUCUGGACGCUGAGGUGUCAUCAACAGCACGGCGGUGAUAUGCUCUCCUGAUUUUUUGUGCAAGUUUUCCCGCAUGCAGGGACUUGCGUACAGAUUACUCAGGUGACGAACGAACUUGGGAUGUUGUACAUAACAUGUCCCUCUGGCGUCCCUGCAGCUGUGAAGACACAUGGAACUAAAGGUUCCAAUGCGCCACAUUGACACUAUAAGAUUAGCAGCCAUUCGACUUCCCGUACUACCGUAGGCAAAAAUAAUGCAGUAUAGAAUAUAGUUUUACGCUUUAGGAAGGUGAUGGUGUUAUCUCGUUACCGUUUGAAAUUCAUCA